AUGACCCAACAAGACCAACCCUCGGAGAUUUCUAUAGUACACGAAUAUGAAAUCCUCUAUUCAGAUAGAAUAAAACAAAAAGACAAAAAAUGGAAUGAUGGUUUCCUAAAAUUCUAUGAAUUUAAUAGUAAAUUAGAAAUACUCAAUGAUUCAAAAAUAUUAAUUGGUGCUGAUUUUAUACGUGAUAAACAGAUUCCAUAUAUAUUAGACACGUUAUUGAAGGAUGAUAAUGAGUUUGUAUUGCCAGGCGGGAAGUUCAUUAUCCAGAUUCAGGGGUUUUUACAGACUAGUGAACGAGAUAUUUCGAAGGCUUUUACAAAGAGGUCUUCGACACAAGUGGAAUCACAACAGCAGCAGCGACGGCAGCCGACAAAGUUAAUAUCGCCUCCAACGAGAAUAAUUAAAGCAGGUUCAGGACGAACCAAUGGUCAAUCUUUGAAGGCAUCUCGUUCUCUCAAGCUUAGUCAACCUUUAAUUAGGACCAGUGCACCAGCAUUAGGAAUACGAAAGAAAACCAUCAAGCACAAGAACGGUGCUCAAGUCCUUCCGAAACAGUCUGAACCAUCACAAGCUGCUAACUCAUCAAUUAUAACAAAGACGUCUGGCGAAUCACUCAAACCUAACAAGAUAAUCCGAUCUGCUGCAAAUACUUCGCAUUUCACAACGACUAAUUCCACCCAAUCCAAAAUACGACAGUUGUUGAUUUCUAAAGAUCGAAGAAGCAAUAGUAGACCCCUUCCCCGAAUUCUCCCAAUGACGUCUACUCAUUUCGAAUAUAUGCACACUCCACGAGAAGAGACCGAGGCAAUGUCCUUUCAGAAGCCACGAAAUAGAAUUGGCUGGGAUGAUGUCGCGGAUGACGAAGGUAUCGAUGAUUAUGAUGAAGAGGACCACGAGGUCGAGGAAGAGGAGGAGUAUGAUGUACACAUAAAGGAAGAGAAGAAGUUUGUGGAUUCCGGUACGAAGCUUGAGGAUGCGGAUAUCAUAUAUGAUUUUUCUGAUUUCGAGGAGGAUCAAAACUUUAUGGAGAUGAUUCAACAAAAACGACAACAAGACUUUGAGAAGGCUGCAAAAAUGGAUGAUUUAGAGGAGUGGGACUAA